AUGAGUUGGGCGGGAGAGGAAAAAGAAGAAGAAAAGAAGGAUGAAGAAGAAGAUAUGUGCCAAGAAGAAAGUCCAAAAGAAGUAGUUGCAUCAGAAGCAGAAGAAGAAGCUGAAAAACAAGCAACAGUAGAUAUUGAGAAAAAAGGAGAAGAAGCACCAGCUGAAGAAAGUCCAAAACAAGCAGCUGCAGAAGCAGAAGAAGAACCUGAAAAAGAAACAGCAGCAGAAGUUGAGAAAAAAAAAGAAGAAGGUGAAGAAGCACCAGUCGAAGAAGUACCAGCUGUUGUAGAUGUUGAAAUAGAAGGAGAAGAAAGCGAUCAUGAAGAAGUAUCCGAAGCUGCUGAGAAAAAAAGAGCUGAAGCUGACCAAAAAGAUUUGGUCAUGGAUAUCGGUGUUGUCAUAGUUGGUGCAGUGUAUGGUUGA